AUGCCCGUUGUGUUGGUCAUUUGGGAUGGGCACGAUGACAGCUCUUUGGAGAUUCCAGAGGAAUCGGGACAAGAGUCGAGCACGAAGGCACAAUUUAUACCAGAGGGUAUUGUCCUUUUAGAUGUAGAUGAGUGCAGCCCUUCUUACGGACGCAGUCCAUGCCAAUAUGAGUGUCACAAUACCUUUGGGGGAUACCGUUGCUCAUGUCCUCCUGGCUACGAGCUCAAUCCCUUAACGAACCUUUGUAAAGACAUCAACGAGUGCAAAACAUCGCAAAACACCUGCAAACAUGGCGACCUGUGCAUCAACACACCGGGCAGUCACUUGUGCAUCAAACCAAAUUGCCCCACCAAUUACCACUGGGAUGCUAGAACUCAGUCCUGUAGAAUUCUAUGCAGUGAAAGCAGGUUGCCAUGUCCACAAGGUGCAAGGUACGCAGACUCUGUUCAGUACAUCUCCGUAAGUAUCCCAAAGACGAACGGUACUGGUAGCCGAACCGUUAUGCUACGCGUGGUCGAUUGGAAUCAGGUGCAACAAGGCAAUUGUCACUACCAAUUAUUGGACAAGGCAGAGGGUACCCCAGUAAACCACCGCUCAAGGGACGGUGUUGUCUACCUAACUCCUGAUUGGGAAUCCCCCGCAUUCGCUGAUCCAACUUCUAAUGUUCUCCAUGCCAGUCUCAACCAGUCAGCGCCCGCCUUAUACUACCUCUUCUUCAGGGUGUCCUGUUAUGAGGGCCCUCCAAAGGGGGUCACUAUGGAGCCCCAGGACUUUGACGUCUAUCCUGUAGGCCGACAGCUGCAUCAGGCUCAACACGGAGACGACUCAAAGCUUAUCUUCCAGCAUUCAUUCUACGUCUACAUUUCUGUCUCUCAGUACCCCUUCUAG